AUGCGGCCAUCCCUCUCUGUGAGCCUUGAGCCUGGGCUGGAGCGAGGCAUGCCGUGGGGCCGGGAUCUCUACACCUUUGUGACUUCGGCAGCAGGUCACAUGAUGAGGACCUUGCAAAAACCUCGCAAGAAUCGGCCGUCCAAGCGGCAGGUCAACCACCGUCGCUUCCUUCACAACAUGAUUCAGAGAAAAUUUGCAGACAUAGAAGCUGCAAACUACCGACUGGCAUCUGCUCUUUAUUUCAAGGAGGGAGAAAAAUGCACAUCCUCUAUUUUAUCCCAGGAGUCAGAGAAGCCUGACCCAUCAGGUAAACCAUCUCAAAGUGACUGUCUGCGACAUCCUGAUACAUGCAGUGUUCAAACAGAUACAGAUGCUUCCUUAAAGUCCAGAAGCAACUCCUCCAUUGACUUACGUGAAACUGAAGACGCUGAAAAGAAACAGCUGGACUCGAGACGACUUUGGAAAUCCCACCCAAAAUCUCAGUCACCCAAUUGCAACGCUAACAACCAGAUCAAAAGGAGACAGAAAAAGAGUAGUCACAAACCCCCCGAACCCUCAUUUACGAGCCCAAAGAUAAAUAAAAACUACUAUCAUGCGGCAGAGCAGCUUCAUUCUGAGUAUUACCAUCAAGAAAGCCAAUUUAAACCAAUCACCAAUCUCUCAGAAGACGUUCAAACACCUCUGAAGGACUCCAGUCUUGUUGAUUUUGCACAAAAUGAGGACACCUCUCCCUCCUUCUCCCCACAGCUUUCUCCCUUGUCUCUGGACUCUUGUGAUUUGUCCUUUCAAAUGUUCACAGACGUCACGGCCUGCACACAGGCUCAGAAAGGCCUCGCUGAGGGUCAGCUGGGUGACAUAAUGGACCUCUUCACUGCAGCCAAUAAGGACUCAGAUGUCUGCGCGGAUGCUGAAAAAGAUGUAGAGGGGUUCUUUGAAAACAUCUGUGCGUGCCCAGGUGACGCGGGGCUAAAGGGCAGCGCAGAUGAUGAUGUUCUGUUCGCAAACCUGUCGCAUGACUUCUCAGGAGUGGAGGACCUGCAGUUUAAAGGGGAUGAGUACAGAUGUGGAAACGGUCGUCACUGGGAUCAGCCGCAGACCCCUAACUGCUUGCAAAGUAACCAGAGGAGCUCACAGAUGAUCAGACAAAGUGAAUACACAGCAGAGAUGCAAUUUGAUCAUUUAAAACCAUCUCAAGAUGCACGUAUAAGACAGAACCAUUCCCCCACCUCCAUCAGCUAUCACUACGACGCCACACAGCUUCAGCCCCAACAGCAUCCUCAGCAAAGGGACCCAUGUAUGCUGGCUAAGAGGGAGAAUCUCCUGAACUUCACACCAUUUGAAGGAGUUGCUCAGUCAUUCUCCGCCCCUCUUCAUGAUCCUGAGCUCAAUCGCAUACCAACACCACCUAGUGAGGAUGACUGGCUCUUCACCGACAUCCUGAAGGACACAAAGUCCCCUAUCUAUUAG